UGUUGUGUUUCCUUCCGGGUAAAUUCCCAACAGCAUGGAUGGACAAGAUGAUUGUGUUUGGGCAGAGAUCGAAAAAGCUGAAAACGAAAACCGACGUGAAUUGGUUCUUCAGGGUACGAACACUGAUGAAAGGAUCCAGUCAAACAGGGGUCUAAACUCAAAGCUUUACUCGCUUACGCUGUUGAAUUACCUGGAAAUCAGCCAGUGUCCGAGUUUGACUGAGAUCCAUGAGAACAUCGGCAACCUGAUCCAUCUCACAAGCUUGAUACUUUGCAGAAAUAAGAUUCUAUCUGUUCCUAAAUCCAUUGGGAAGUUGAAGUCUCUGAAGGUUCUGGAUGUGUCAGUGAACGAGUUGCAGGAAAUACCUGAAGAGGUAUCACUGUUGAGCGAACUGAAAACCCUCAACCUCAGCUGCAACAGUAUCACAUCGUUGCCAAAGGGACUGAGUCAGUGCGUCAAGCUCUCCAACAUCAACGUGUCAAGGAAUGGGCUCACGGCGUUACCUGGCGACCUGUUCUCUGAGCGGCUGGAACUGCUCAGCACCAUCAUCGCAUCAGAGAAUGCGAUCGACGAGUUGAGCACAGACGUCAGCAAUCUGUCUGCACUUAAGGUUCUGGACCUGUCCAGCAACAAGCUGACCGAGCUGCCGUUUGAGCUGGGAGACUGCUCCAAACUGAAGGAGAUCAACUUCAAAGGCAACAAGCUGAAAGACAAGCGCCUGGAGAAGAUGGUGAACGGCUGCCAGGCCAAAUCCGUGCUGGACUACCUGCGCGCGGGAGGCCGGGGUAAGGGCAAAGGCAAGGCCCAGGGCGGUGCGGAGGAGAAGGGGGACGCCGCCGCAGGGGGUGCUCCCAACACCCCCAAAAAGAAGGGCGGGCGGAACAAGAAGCACCGGAACCAGGAUGAGGACAUGGAUGAGCUGGACAGGCUGGUUCUGAAGGUUCUGCACGUGUCCGAUAACCCCGUCACGGUGAAGGUAGCGGCGGAGGUGAAGGAUGUACGGCCGUACAUCGUGGGCUGCGUGGUCAGGGGCAUGAACUUGCUUCGUGGCAACGCUCUGAAACGCUUCCUCAUGGCGCAGACCAAGCUUCAUGAUGAGAUGUGCUCCAGACGCACGACUGCGACCAUCGCUACCCAUGACCUCAGCCUGCUUAAGGCCCCGCUGCUGUACGAUGGGCGGACUCCAGACACUCUGCAGAUUGUCCCUCUGGGUCGUAAGGAGAUGAAGGCUGUGGACCUGCUGAGGCAGCUGCAACAGGAAGCUGAAGAACAGAGGAAACAGAAGAAACGGCAGAACGUGUCCGGACUGCACAAGUAUCUUCAGCUCCUGGAUGGAAAGACACACUACCCCUGUCUAGUGGACGCUGAGGGCCACGUCAUCUCGUUCCCCCCGAUCACCAACAGCGACAAGACUAAGAUAAAGAAGAGCACGCGGGAGCUGUUCCUGGAGGUGACCAGCUCCACCAGCCUGCAGACCUGUAAGGACGUGAUGGACGCUCUCAUUAUAAAAAUGGCAGAGCUGAAUAAAUUCACCUUCGACCACAAAGAGGCGGAUGGUUCCGACGGCGAAGCGGAGGCAGAACCAGUCCCAGCAGAGGGUGACGGGCCAACAGGUCCAGAGCUGACGCUGAUGCAAGUCCGGGUUGUUGACAUGGAAGGGAAUCUAAAAGUGGUGUACCCCUCAAAAACGGACCUCACGGCAGAAUCCUGCAACCUCAAGGUUGUUCGAUAGUUUAGAGCCUGGAAGUUCACUGCAUGAAGCAAACAGGAAAGCAGCUUAAAGUUUUCCGAGGGAAACUGUAACUUGCGUUUACUUUUAACACUGCCAAAUAUUUGCAUACAGGUUUUGCAGGGUUCUUUAUCAAACCUGUUACUUAACCUGAAUUUAAUAUUUCAGAGCACUUACUUGCAAGAAAGAAAAACGGAUAACCCUUAAUCAGUUCCUUAACAUUUUGUUAUUUUGUUCUUUAUUUUGGGUAUAACUUAUGACUUUUGCCUUUUGUUUCUGUACGGUGAAUCAAACAAAUGUCUCCAGUAUGGUCCUGCAAUUGUAUGUAGUAUGGCACCCUCAUUUGCAGUGAACUUACAGAUGUGUCAAAUAGUAAUGUAUUGCAUACCAGUGACUUAACAGUUCAUACUUAAUAAACUAUUGACAUACAAGUUCAGUACGGAUGGCUUGAUUGCUAA